GUUUCCAUGGUUUUCGUCGAUCAGUCGGUUGAUCUGAGACAUAGGCCUAUCCACACAUUUGUUAGCCUAUGCUAUCUUCCAGAAAUGGCUUUGAGAAAUAUUUCUGGCCGCGGUCGCCAUAACAUUGCUAGGCCUACACACCCUCCUCAGAACCGAAGAAUUGUGAAUCUUGAUAAGAAGACCUGUGAAGAAGUCAUCGCCAUCAUUGAAAACCUCAGCAACAAGCAAUGGCAAACUUUGACAAAAGACUUGGAUAAUAUCACCAGAAAGGAGUUUGCUAUGAUUUGCGUGGGGAUUGUGCAGCAGUUGACGGAUUCCACCUACAAGAGGAGCAAACUGGUGAACUCCCAUGAAAAAACAUCAAGUGCAAGAGCUGCAGCACAACCUUCUGUUACUGUGUCCCCACCGGAAUCACCUCAGGGGAAUGUUGUCAUCACAGAAAUUGUGCAGGAGGUCAAACUAGCCCUGUCAGCAGCCUUGGAUAGCAGCGUUUCAGGGAAAGAUUCAUCCUCUGCCAUCUCUGAAGGUUGGAGUGCGCUUUUCCUCCAACUGGAAGAGGACACUUUGAACGUACUCACGGCGAGACUGGACUCUUCUGAUUUUUUUGCUCGAAUGACCAAAGCCAGCUGCCCAUCAGUUGAAGAUGCUCAGCUGGACUCUGAAGUCAAAAGCUCGUCUGAUGAGUACGCCUUGGAGAGUGGCGGUCAGCAACCUGAGGCUGCAGCAGCAGCCAGCACUGCUGUAGAGGAGGAUGUGACCUCAUCCAAGGAGGAAGAGGUCACCACAGCGUGCACAAAUGAAGUGAUAAGUCAGAUUUGUGAUGCUUACAAGUCUGCUGAGCUGGAGGAAGAACGCCUCAAGGCUGCUAGAGAGAAAGAAGAGGAGGAAGAACGCCUCAAGGCUGCUAGAGAGAGAGAAGAGGAGGUGUCGCUCUUGACCGGCCAUUUUGUGGACAACGUCAUGACCCAGCUCAAAGAGCUGGCCUCCGCUGGCAAGUCCCCGGCCUUUCAGUGGGUGCCGAAAGAUGUGUGUUUACCCUCCGCCUGGGCUUCGAGGGCUGCUGACCAGAACAUCUUGAGUCCGCAGUUCCAGAUCGCGGCUCAGCAGAAGGUCAGUGAGGUCCUCAGACAGUCCGAGUCCAUAUCUGGGGAGGCACGUUUGGGUCACGUCCCUUCUGCGGCCACUGACAUUGUGAGGACAAUAGUGAGAAGCCUGGCCAAAUUGCCACACUCAUUAGGAUCCUUGAGGUCUAGAGAGGACAGGGAUGACCCCACUGGCACAGCUCAGGACAUUUACCACGGUGUACACAGCAAGGUGAAGCACUUCCUAUGGGGCAAGAAGACCAGUAAACAGGGCAGUGACUCCCAGUCUAGCGAUGGCACCCUGGCAUAUGAUACAGAGAGCUCUGGUGGGAUGAGUGGGGAGGAGGAGGAGGAGGAGGAGGAAGAAGAGGAGGAGGAGACAAGUGUGGAGGAGGAGGAGGAGGAGGAGGAAGAAGAAGAAGAGGAGACAAGUGUGGAGGAUGAGAGAAAUGAAGAAGAUUUCCACUUCAAAUCAUCAAACGAUGGAGUGCCACUCUCACGUGUGAAGUCAAAGGAAAACCAAAUGAAAACUGUUCCAGAGGUUUCUUGGAGUAGGUCAAAAAGAGGUUCCAUCUCAGAACAGAAGACACCUGGGAGAAAAGCAGACUUAGAACUUGACCUCAGUAAAACCAACCACCAUCCUGAACAAACAACACCAGCCUUAAGGGCACCACAGCAUGCCCAACGCCUGCCAACUAUAGACAUAAAUGCAACAAGAGAUUAUUUGCACAAGUUACUGUGCUGCGUACAAGCAGACGAACAGGUCAGGGCUGAAGACAUGACAAAUGUGACAGAGACAGAAACUUCAACAUUGCACAACACCUCGGAAUCACACAAUUCUGAUAUUAUUGGGAUCAUGCAGAGAGAGAGUUCUACAGAAACUUUAGUAGACAGUGCACCUGGGAGAAAAGCUUAUCUAGAACAUGAUGCUGUUAAAACCACUCAGUGUCAUGAAGAAUUACUGUGUUGCAUAAAAUCCAAUGAUCAGGUCAAGGCUGAAGACGGGACCGAGGCAGGAACUUCAACAUUGUGUAACAUGGCUGAAUCACAUGUGUCUGAUAUUAUCUUGAUUAUGGACAGAGAAACUUCAGUAGACCAUACACAGUCUGACUCUUAGCGCCCUGAAGGCUGCCCAUGGUCUUAAACUCCAGCGAACCUUUGACUCAGGACUAUGUGAAAGACUUGUUUUCAUUCUGACUAAUACAAAUGUGGCCAAGCUAUAUAUUUGAAACACAUUGAAGUUCACAUGGAUGAUGAAGAUGGUGCUGGAAUAUUUUAAAAUGAUAAAGAAAUAAGUUUAAUUCAGAA